UGUGCUGUGUAGGUGAGACAGGAAUCAUUCACGCGCUGGAGCUGCGAGUGGUGCGCGCGCGCUCCUGUACUGCAAUGGCGCUGGCGGCGCGCUGAAGAGAGUUGCGCGAGUUUAAGGAGAAUUGAAACGAAAAUCUUAAGUCAUGCACGGCAAGUCAUCGUUAAAUCCGUCGUGAAGCUGAGAGCGGAUUUUACAUGUGAUCAUCUGCUCGCCGGUGAGCGGAUCGCUCGAUCUGUGAAGGUGAAUGAAACCGCCCCAAACACGAUCACAUCUGCACGCGAUCCACCCGCCGUGUCCAGCCGCAGAUCUGAGAUCAGCAGAUCGUCUGCGUCUCUGAGACCGCUGGAUGAUUAUGGCCGAACGCGGUUCCUCCGGAUUACUGAUGGCUUCGGCGGCGGUGACGCGCACUCUCCCGGCGGAGGUGCGCGAGAAGCUGGCGGAGCUCGAGCUGGAACUGUCUGAGGGUGACAUCACACAGAAGGGCUAUGAAAAGAAAAGAGGCAAAUUGUUGGCACCCUACAUACCACAGAUACAAGGUGUGGAUUCAUCUCUACAGAUAGAGCACAGAAUCCAAACAACAUCACAGGCGAACCCUGCGGGCUCUAAACACAAUAAAUCCCGCGUGACAAACUCAAGGGAUGAACGCUUUAGAUCAGACCUGCACACUGAAGCAGUUCAAGCGGCCCUGGCGAAGUAUAAAGAGAGAAAGAUGCCGAUGCCAUCCAAGAGACGAUCUGUGUUAGUUCAGUCCUCGGUUGAAGCCUGCACACCUCCAGAUACGUCCUCAGCGUCGGAGGAUGAGGGUUCACUGCGUCGACAGGGACGGAUCGCCUCCUCUUCCCCGUACCAGGCGCAACCUCGUGUAGAACAUUGGUUUAACAAAGUCAUCCAGGGCUCGUCCACGUCAUCGUCCGCCUCCUCCACCUCCUCCCAUCCCGGAGGAAGAUCUCAUCUGACCACGAACGCCACCUCAUCCUCAGCUGCUACUGUACUGGCCGACCUCAUGGCUCACAAUCAGAUAGACAACCACAGUGCCCCACCGGAUGUGACAGGCCUGUCGGAGCGCUCGAUGCAUGCGGAGCGUCCACAGGUAGCAUCGGUUCGAGGGAUCCCACCUGGAUUCAUGCAAACCAGCAUCAUGGAGACGGCUGAUGACACUGACAGAGAUCAUGAGGAGACCGCAGAGGGUGUUCCAGUCAACAGUCGAGUUUCCUCUAAGAUUCAGCAGCUCCUAAACACACUGAAAAGGCCCAAAAGACCCCCGUUACGAGAGUUCUUCGUUGAUGAUUUUGAAGAACUUUUGGAUGUCCAGCAACCGGAUCCGAACCAGCCCAAACCUGAGGGGGGUGAGAUGAGACCGCUGGACGGUGAACCGCUGGGAGUGGUGACUAAUUGGCCACUAUCAUUACUGGCGUCUCUUCAUCGCUGGGGUACCACACAGCCCAAAAGUCCCUGUCUCACAGCGCUGGACAACGCUGGCAAAUCUGUCUACACGCUCACAUACGGGAAGUUAUGGACGCGUUGUCUGAAACUGGCCUACACGCUGCUGAAUAAACUGAGCUCCAGGAAUGAACCACUGCUGCGGCCCGGAGACAGAGUUGCACUUGUUUUCCCAAACAAUGAUCCUGUGAUGUUCAUGGUGGCGUUUUAUGGAUGUCUUCUGGCUGAGCUGGUACCUGUGCCAAUAGAAGUGCCGCUGACUAGAAAGGACGCUGGCAGUCAGCAGGUUGGUUUUCUGCUGGGUAGCUGUGGUGUGACUUUGGCUUUGACCUCUGAUGCCUGUCAGAAAGGUUUGCCCAAAGCACAGACCGGAGAGGUGCUCACUUUUAAGGGUUGGCCGCGAUUGCUGUGGUUUGUUACGGAUGGAAAACAUGUUGUGAAGCCUCCUAAAGACUGGCAUCCACCAAUCAGGGACGCUAGCAAUGAGAUCGCCUACAUCGAGUAUAAGAGCAGUAAGGAGGGCUGUACCAUGGGUAUCACCGUGUCUCACUCGGCUAUGUUGGCUCACUGUCAUGCUCUCACUCAGUCUUGUGGAUACGCAGAGGGUGAGAUUAUAACAAAUGUUUUGGACUUUAAACGGGAUGCUGGUCUGUGGCACGGAGUCUUAACAAGUGUGAUGAACAGAAUUCACGUCAUCAGCAUCCCAUACUCACUGAUGAAGGUCAACCCUCUGUCCUGGAUUCAGAAAGUUCACACCUAUAAAGCACGUGUAGCAGUGGUUAAAUCCAGAGACAUGCACUGGUCACUUUUAGCCCAGCGGGAUCAGAGAGACAUUAGUCUCAGUUCUCUACGCAUGCUUAUCGUUGCAGAUGGAGCUAAUCCCUGGUCUAUCUCUUCCUGUGAUGCCUUCCUAAAUGUAUUCCAGUCCCGUGGUCUGAGACCAGAGGUGAUCUGUCCGUGUGCGAGUUCAUCUGAAGCCAUGACUGUCGCCCUCCGCAGACCUCCAGAGAUGGGUGUUCCUCCUCCAGGUAAAGCAGUGUUGUCUAUGAACGCUCUGAGUUAUGGUGUGAUUCGAGUGGACACCGAGGAGAAACUGUCUGUCCUUACUGUUCAGGAUGUUGGUCAGGUCAUAUCUGGAGCGCGGGUGUGCGUGGUCCGGGUGGAUGGGACACCAUAUCUAUGUCGAACAGAUGAAGUUGGAGAGAUCUGCAUAAGCUCCAGCACUACAGGAAUCUCUUACUAUGGCCUGCCAGGCAUGACCAAGAACGUCUUUGAGAUCAUUCCAGUAUCAGCAUCAGGUGCCCCCGUCAGUGACAGACCCUUCACACGAACAUCUCUCCUGGGCUUUAUCGGGCCGGAUAAUCUGGUGUUUGUGGUGGGAAAGAUGGACGGGCUGAUGGUGGUGACUUCAAGAAAACAUAAUGCAGAUGAUGUAGUGGCUACGGCGCUGGCUGUUGAGCCUAUGAAGUUUGUGUACAGAGGAAGGAUCGCUGUGUUCUCAGUGUCUGUUCUUCAUGAUGAGCGUAUCGUGGUGGUGGCCGAACAGAGACCCGAUGCGUCUGAGGAGGACAGUUUCCAGUGGAUGAGUCGAGUACUGCAGGCUAUAGAUAGCAUCCAUCAGGUAGGUGUCUACUGUCUGGCUCUGGUGCCAGCCAACACGCUACCCAAAGCCCCUCUGGGCGGCAUCCACAUCUCAGAGACCAAACAGCGAUUUCUGGAGGGAGCCCUGCACCCCUGCAACGUUCUAAUGUGCCCUCAUACCUGUGUCACCAACCUACCCAAACCCAGACAGAAGCAGCCAGGUACAGAGGUGGGACCUGCAUCAAUGAUAGUUGGAAACCUGGUGGCUGGGAAGAGGAUCGCUCUGGCUUGUGGAAGAGACGUAUCGCAGCUAGAAGACAAUGAGCAGUUCCUGUAUAUGCAGGAUGUUUUGCAAUGGAGAGCUCAAGCCACACCAGAUCAUCCUCUGUUUCUGCUUCUCAAUGCCAAGGGCACCGUGUCCAGCUCCUCUUCAUGUGUUCAGCUACACAAGCGAGCAGAGCGUGUGGCUGUAGCUCUGAUGGAAAGAGGUCGACUCAACACUGGAGAUCAUGUAGCACUUGUUUUUCCUCCUGGUAUUGAUCUGAUCGCCACUUUCUAUGGUUGUCUGUAUGCCGGCUGUGUUCCAGUGACGGUCAGACCUCCUCAUCCACAGAACUUAACCACCACACUGCCAACGGUUAAAAUGAUUGUGGAGGUUAGUAAGUCUGUGUGUAUUUUGACAACACAAGCAAUAAUGAAACUACUGAAGUCCAAAGAAGCUGCAGCUGCCGUGGAUAUUAAAUCCUGGCCAUUGAUACUGGACACAGAUGAUCUGCCAAGAAAGAGAGUUCCUCAGAUCUAUAAACCGCCCAACCCUGAGACGUUAGCCUACCUGGACUUCAGCGUGUCCACGACGGGAAUCCUCGCCGGGGUGAAGAUGUCUCACGCUGCCCCCAGUGCCUUGUGUCGCUCUAUUAAACUUCAGUGUGAGCUGUAUCCUUCACGACAGAUCGCCAUCUGCCUGGAUCCUUACUGCGGCCUGGGCUUCGCUCUCUGGUGCCUCUGCAGUGUGUACUCAGGCCAUCAGUCCAUUCUGGUUCCUCCUCUGGAGUUGGAGAGCAACGCUUCUCUCUGGUUGUCCGCUGUCAGUCAGUAUAAAGUGCGAGUGACCUUCUGUUCAUACUCUGUCAUGGAGAUGUGCACCAAAGGACUGGGCUCACAGACCGAAGCCUUGCGGUUAAGGAACGUGAAUCUGUCGUGUGUAAGGACCUGUAUGGUGGUGGCUGAGGAACGUCCUCGUAUCGCUCUCACUCAGUCUUUCUCCAAGAUCUUCAAAGAUCUGGGUCUGUCCAGCCGCGCUGUCAGCACAACAUUUGGCUGUCGGGUCAACGUGGCCAUCUGUCUUCAGCCCAACAGACUGGGCACGUUGUCUGAGCAGGGCACUUCUGGUCCAGACCCAACCACAGUAUAUCUGGACAUGAGAGCCCUCCGUCAUGACAGGGUUCGAUUAGUUGAGAGAGGCUCACCACACAGUUUACCACUGAUGGAGUCUGGAAAGAUUUUGCCGGGGGUGAAGGUUGUUAUUGCCAACACAGAGACCAAAGGACCUUUAGGAGAUUCUCACCUGGGUGAAAUUUGGGUGAGCAGCCCCCAUAAUGCAUCAGGAUAUUACACAGUUUACGGUGAAGAAGCUUUACAUGCAGAUCACUUCAGCACCAGACUAAGCUUCGGUGACACACAGACGGUUUGGGCUCGUACCGGAUAUCUGGGCUUCUUACGCCGCACUGAACUCACAGAUGCCUGCGGAGAGCGUCACGAUGCGCUGUAUGUGAUCGGAUCUCUGGAUGAGACUCUGGAGCUGAGAGGAAUGAGAUAUCAUCCCAUCGACAUUGAAACGUCUGUGAUACGAGCACACAAGAGCAUUGCAGAGUGUGCUGUGUUUACAUGGACCAAUCUGUUGGUGGUAGUUGUGGAGCUUGAGGGAUCAGAACAAGAAGCUCUGGAUCUUGUUGCCCUUGUGACCAAUGUGGUUUUAGAAGAGCACUACCUGAUCGUAGGAGUUGUCGUGGUGGUCGAUCCUGGAGUUAUUCCCAUCAACUCCCGAGGAGAGAAACAGCGCAUGCACCUGCGGGACGGUUUCCUCGCCGAUCAACUGGAUCCUAUAUACGUGGCCUACAACAUGUGAGAUAAACCUGGAGCAGAGAGAAACCUGAUGAUGCACACUUGGAGAAGAAGAGACUUCCCUCUUCAGCUUCUCUUCCACAAACAUUGAUGGAUUCCCUGAUGGAGCUAUGCAGUUUAUUUUUUUAUAUCAAACAGUCCAAAUGCCUUGAGAGAUGAAACGUUGAACUCCAGCGUGUCAGGGCAAAAGACUGCAAAGAUGAUUUCAUGUCCUGUCGUCUUGUCACAUGAUUUUAUUCAAGCACAUGAAUGUUUUCUCAGUCAGGAGGAGCUUCAGAAUGCAGAGCGUUACUUUAAAACGAGUGCCAUGUGAGAGUUUGUGAUGCGUCUCAUUUCAUAGCAUUACUACGGCCCGGGGCGUAGCUUUAAAAAAAACAAGACAUUUUUUUUUGUGGUCACAUUAACACACUUUGUGGUGAAGUGUGUCAUUUCAGUGCCACUACCAUCACCAUAAAGACAAAAAGUAGAAAUGCAAAAAUAAGGACUUGAAAAACUCCUUUUAACCACUUUUGGGUUCUGCAAACUAGUUGACCUAGUUUUCUGUAGUAUUGGAUUUGAAUUUAACCUGGAAUUUUUCUUCCUUUUACUAAUAUUGCUAACACUUCAUCAGGACUGUAUCACCAACAAACAUUUUGUGUUAAGAGAGUAUUUUUGUUACGAUUGUUUUAGUCAUAUCAAGUGUUAUUUUACAAUAAUAGUUCUGACGUUAAAUUCUGAUUGGACGAACUGAUUGGACCGCCCAUUAGUGUAAAGACCCUCAUCAAACACAGAUACUUCAGAGCAGUGGUGGCCGGUGACUUCUUUUCCGAGGGGCGCAAAUUCAAAAUAUGUGUUCGGAGUGUCGUGUGUGUGACGCGUCAUGUCAAAAUACGUGCCUGCUGCACACGUAGUGCUGGGCGAUAUGACCAAAAAAAUUAUGACCAUAUCAGUCGAUAGCCGUAAUUAUCAUGAUAAAUAACAAAUCUUUAUUCCUGUCAAAUUUAAAGGCAGAUUUUUGUUCCUGAAUGAAAAUUGAUAAAACCAGACAGUUAAUAAUGGUUUUAAACUACUUUUUAUUCAGAACAUGACAAAUACAAAUACUAAAAUCUUGUUUUAAUGUUUAGGCAUUUGUAUUACAUGUAAAUCUAUUUGUUAUGAAAUUAACACAUUUUUGACACAGAAAGCAGCAGGCUACUGUCACUUUAAGACCCAAAACAGACUGCUUUAAGUUUCAAUAUACUGACUAACAUCCAGCUGUUUAUGUUCACUUAAACAAGAAAGAAACUUAGUUCAGUGAUCACGCGUGUGUUAUACAUAUACAAGCUGUACAUGCUGAUAAAUGGACGUGGUUGCACCGGAGUCAUGUUUUGGGACAGACUCGAGCGUCACGCCGGAAAUAGGAAGGGAAGUUGCCCGUCAGUGUGAACUCCUCCCUUCCGUCGUCGGAUUGGUCUGAUUGCUCUUUCGCAAGGUCUUCUGGGUUGGUAAAGUGCGCGAAGCCUGCUGCAGUGCGGGCUUCGCCAGAGACCGCAUCAAGGGGGCAAAGGGGGCGCUGAUGAGCACACUUUAAAGUGUAAAAAUGACAGAUGGGACACCCUACGGCCUCUUAGACUAAGCGAGCAUGCACAAUUUAAGUCCAUGAGUCCACAUGAAGUGCGCCAUUUGGGACAGGACCUGUACCUAUUUUGCUGUGUUCCGGGCUUUGACGAACCCUGUUUGUGCGUCCAACAUUACACAAAAGGAAAAUAUUUCCGCGCAUUUAGAUUCCGUGAUUCCGUCCGCGUUAUCUGCAUCGCGAAAAUCAUAGGGCUCUACUAGUAAAUGAAUAACUUGCCUCAUCUUCCACUCCUUCAAGUCUGACACUGUGAUUGUAAACCAAGAGCGCAUGCCGCACCCGGAAGUGCUUGCGCAACAUUACACAGUGCGUAAACAUUAUCCUUCACUUAUCAAACUGUCGCUAUUGUUUUAUCGGGAAAAUUUAUAUCGGGAAAAUUAUCAUUAUCGAAUUAUCUCCCAGCACUAUGCACACCCAUCGAAAGGGUUUAUGAUAAAAGAGACGCUCACGUUCACAACAUACUCGCAAGAGACUACCUUAACACUAAACUCUGAUACUGUAAGAUUAAGCGAGUAUCUGGCAAACGUGAGGGUCUCUUAUCAUAAACCCCUUUAAAGCGUCUGAAGCAUGCACAUAUUUGCACAUUGGUUCACAUAAAGCACCUAACACACAUUGUGACAUGACGAGCCACACACAUAAUGGGCUAAAUACAUGUUUUGUAACAGAAGUCAACGACCGCCACUGCUUCAGAGUUUCCUUUAAUAUCAUCAUCUGGAUGACGGCCCUUAACAUUGUGCUCAAGAAAACAUCUUAAACUGUAAAAAUCUGAUUAACCCACUGCAGUUUGAAACUUAACUUUUAUCGUUGCCUUUUAGUAAAAGUUCAGAUCUUUAUAUUGAAUUGGGCUACAAGAACAUUUUACUUUUUUUAAAUGACACACUACAUCUUUAAAAAAAUUUUCGAAUUUUUUUUAUAAUUUUUUAUUUUAAGGCCAUGAAAAUGAGUGUUUUUUAUAAAAGCAGUACUGGCCGUGUGUUGUUAUGGUUUUGUGUUUUAACAUCAGAUGUCUGUGGAGCGUUUCUUGUGUGCGUUUCAUUCUUUACCAUGUUUUCUCCACGUCUGAGCUUCUAGACUGUGUAGGACAAUAAUCAGGGUAAUGAUGAAAAGUCUUAUUCAGGUAACCAAGUUUCAAUCUGAGUAAUAUUUACACUUCACUUCAGGAUCAGAUCUUAUACUCCUGCUUCAGAUGAAUGUACUGUGUAAAGGGGACAUUUUAUUAUUAUUGACUAAAAAGUAAUUUAAUUUUUCCCCUUCAUGAAUAAUUCAAGUUAAACGUUAUUUCAGGAUACACUUGUGCUGCAUCUGAGGGCUUUCAUCUUUUCUUUCAGUACUAUUACAGAGUAUAAUGUACAUCAACAUUUGCUUUAAUAUUGUGUUCAUUAAAUCAAAGACAGGGCAACAAGCCUGCUGUAAUUAUGUACAGAUUUUGUUUUGUAAGUUAUUACUGAAACACAAGAAAGCUAUGAAUCACACAGCAACAACGUGAGAAGAAAGCAGACGUUGCUUAAAGUUUCAUUUCUUGACUGAAGUGGAAGUGAAUCAACAUGAGUCGGGCGAUUACAAAAUGUUUUAUAUUGCAGUAAAACCUGAGCUGUGGUUUUACUGCACAGAUUGUAAAGCACAUACAGUCUCUGUAUCACACAAUGAUUGUGUGACUGUUGAAUUUUUCUGUUAUUUAGUGGAUGUUUGGUUGACCCACACUUAUGUUAAUAUUUCUUAAUAAAAAUGACACUUUUAACUGA